AUGACUUUAAGUCUGAUCUCUUUGCUAUACAACGAUAUUGCGGAACUGUGGUACCUUCUGAAGAAAAGCACAGUUCAGUUUCUGGUGAUAAACCAAAUACUGAGGAAGGAAGGAAAAAUCAUUAGUUUUGAUGAAACCAUGUCUAUUGCCAAUGAAAUCAUGCAUCAAGAUGUUGUUCCUCUCUGUGCAACAGAUAUUGAGGAUCAGCUAAGGAAGAAGUUCGCCUAUCUAUCCGGUGGGCGAGGGAAAGAUGGCUGCCCUGUCAUUACUUUUCCAGAAUAUGCAGCUUUCAGCGAAAUUCCAGAAAAGGAUUUUCAGAGUGUUCUGACAUACCUCACUAAUAUCCCCAGUGCACAGGAUGCUGGAAUUGGAUUUAUACUUGUCAUAGACCGCAGGCAAGACAAAUGGACCUCAGUGCAAGCCUCUAUACUACGAAUUGCGGCAUCAUUUCCAGGAAACUUGCAGCUAGUUCUGGUAUUACGCCCAACAGGAUUCUUUCACAAAACUCUACUGGAUAUUGCGUUCCGAUUCCAUAGAGAUGACUAUAAGAUGAAGGUACCGAUCAUAAUGCUGAGCUCACUAACAGAAUUAAAUAGCUACAUUGACAAAACACAGCUUACAGAGGAUCUUGGUGGCUCACUGGAUUACUGCCACAACAGGUGGCUGUCUCAUCGCACUGCUAUAGAAAACUUUGCUCUAAUGGUUAAGCAAACAGCUCAAGCACUUCGGUCCUUUGGAACUGAGCUGGCAGAAACAGAACUACCAAAUGAUGUGCAGUCCACCAGUACCCUCCUUGCAGUACACUCUGAAAGAAAGGAUAAAAUGAAGGAGGAUCUCAGGAUAGCAUUAAUACAAGGUGAUGACAUUCUCAAAAGUAUUAAAAGACCAGUUCUUGAAAACCCAGAGUACAAAAUGAAUCCAGAUCAACUUGAAAAUCAAAUCACUGUGGAAAGGCUUCUAGCUCAGCUGGAUGAAACAGAAACAGCCUUUGAUGAUUUUUGGUCUAAACACCAACAGAAGCUUGAGCAGUGCUUACAACUUAGGCAUUUUGAAUUGCAUUACAAGGAGGUUAAAGCAGCACUAAAUAUUGCAUCUGAGAGGCUAUCUAGUUUCACAGAAGUGGGAAAUAGCUGUUCGCACGUGGAACACAUUCUAAAAGAACUUUCCCUUUUUGAAGAAAAGUUACAUGAUGUUUUAGAAAAGGCAAAUAUGCUAAUUUCUGAAGGUGGAGAUUUAAUACAAAACAAUCAUUAUGCUGUGGACUCUAUUCUCCCAAAGUGCAAUGAACUUCAACAUCACUGUGAAAUGAUUACUGUUGAAAGGGACAACAAAAGGGCUCUCUUGAACCAGUCACAUGAUUUACAUAGCCAGCUGGAGAAGUCCAUGAAGUGGUGCGAUGAAGGAAUUUACCUGCUGGCUUCCCAACUUGUAGAUAAAUGCCAGUCCCAAGACGGAGCAGAAUCAGCUCUACAGGAGAUAGAGAAUUUUUUGGACACUGGCGCAGGCAAUAAGCUCAAGGAGCUGAAUUACUUGUACAAAGAUUAUGACGCCAUCCUUAACCAAGAAUUAAUGGAGCAUGUGCAAAAAGUAUUUCAGAAGCAGGAGAGCAUGGAAGAAAUGUUUCAGAAGAGACAAGUCAGUCUUAAGAAACUGGCCGCAAAGCAAAUGCGUCCAGUUCAGCCAGUGGCACCUAGGCCAGAGGUCUUUGUAAAAUCACAGUGUACGUCUCCAGGCCUUCAAAGAGAAUCUGAAGACUCAUCCAGCCCAGAAAAUCACAUGAUCCGGAGAGGGAACUACAGAAGAGCCAAGAGUGAAAUGAGUGAAAUCCAUCAAACCAGAGGCGGAUCAGUAAUGGAUGAUGAUGAAAAUCUAGCUGUGUUACGAAAACAUGUAAUUAAUGAACUUAUUGAAACUGAAAGAGCUUACGUGGAAGAACUUCUGUGUGUUCUUGAAGGGUACGCUGCAGAAAUGGACAACCCUUUAAUGGCACAUCUUAUUUCACCAGGGCUACAGAAUAAGAAAGAUGUUUUGUUUGGAAAUAUGGAAGAAAUCUAUCACUUUCACAACAGAAUAUUUUUGCGAGAACUAGAAAACUACAUAGAAUAUCCAGAAUUGGUAGGAAGGUGUUUCCUUGAAAGGAUGGAAGACUUUCAGGUUUAUGAAAAAUAUUGUCAAAAUAAGCCUCGAUCUGAAAGUCUGUGGAGACAAUUUUCAGACUGCGUUUUCUUUCAGGAGUGUCAGAGAAAACUUGACCACAAGCUGAGUCUGGACUCCUAUCUACUGAAACCUGUUCAAAGAAUAACCAAGUAUCAACUGUUGCUAAAGGAAAUGUUGAAAUACAGCAAAAAUUGUGAAGGGGCUGAAGAUCUUCAAGAGGCAUUAAUGUCAAUCUUGGGAAUCCUUAAGGCAGUUAAUGAUUCCAUGCAUCAGAUUGCCAUCACUGGCUAUGAUGGAAACUUAAAUGACCUAGGAAAGCUUUUAAUGCAAGGAUCCUUUAGUGUGUGGACUGAUCAUAAGAAGGGUCACUCAAAAGUGAAAGAUCUGGCACGGUUCAAGCCAAUGCAAAGGCACCUCUUUCUCCAUGAGAAGGCCAUCUUAUUCUGUAAGAAGAGAGAAGAAAAUGGAGAAGGAUAUGAAAAAGCACCUUCGUACAGCUAUAAGCAUUCCUUAGACAUGACUGCAGUUGGAAUAACAGAGAAUGUUAAAGGUGAUGCUAAAAAAUUUGAAAUCUGGUAUAAUGCAAGGGAAGAAGUUUACAUAAUUCAGGCUCAAACCCCCGGAAUUAAAGCCACCUGGGUAAAUGAAAUUAGAAAAGUACUGACCAGUCAACUUCAGGCAUGCAGACAAGCCAGCCAGCAUAGAGUUCUUGAACAUACACACAGUUUACCUCUGCCUCCAUCAUCUAAUGCAAGUCCUUCAAGAAAUCAAGGAAGGAAUAGCAAAAGACAGGAAGAAAGAAAUGCUGAUCCUGUAAGUCCUGAUGGUUGCAUCACCUCAUCAUCGCCGAAGUAUCCUGAACGGGGCAAAGGCUGGUCUAAAACGUCUCAGUCCUUUGAUGCUUCUGAAGAAAAUGAUGGCUGGUCCAGUGCUGAGGAUCCACUUAAUUCUUCAGAUGCAGAGGAAGAAGGAAGAGGAGAGAAAAAACUGACUCCUGGUAAAUACACUGUUAUAGCUGAUUGUGACAAAGGACGUUCUGAAGACCUGAUGCUGAAAAGUGGAGACUUAGUUCAACUGAUCCAUGAAGGAGACGAUGGACUUUGGUAUAUUAAGAAUCUGAGCACAAGUAAAGAAGGCUGGUUCCCAGUUAAUAGUCUUUUGUUGCUUCUUGGCAACUCAAAAUCUGCUGUGUCUCUGAGCAGCUCGGAAUCUGCAGCUGGUUCAAGUACACUGAGCUCAUCUUCAAGCUACAGUGAAAGUUGCAACAUUAGUAGUACCAGCUACUCGGACAUUAAGGCAUAACAUCAA